AUGUCUCAACCUAUGAGUAAUAGUAUCAGAAGAAAACUGGUGAUCGUCGGAGAUGGUGCAUGUGGUAAGACAUGUCUUUUGAUUGUGUUUUCUAAGGGUCAAUUCCCGGAAGUAUAUGUGCCAACAGUGUUUGAAAACUAUGUUGCAGAUGUCGAAGUUGAUGGCAGACAGGUCGAAUUAGCAUUAUGGGAUACUGCAGGCCAAGAAGAUUAUGAUAGACUAAGACCUUUAUCGUAUCCAGAUUCUAAUGUGGUAUUGAUUUGUUUCUCCAUUGAUUUACCAGACUCACUUGAGAACGUUCAAGAAAAAUGGAUUGCAGAAGUUUUGCAUUUUUGCCAAGGUGUACCAAUUAUUCUUGUAGGAUGCAAAGUAGACCUAAGAAACGAUUCGCAAGUCAUUGAAUUACUGAGGGAGCAAGGCCAACAACCAGUGACAACAGCAGACGGCCAAGCUGUAUCAGAACAAAUCGGUGCUACUGGUUAUUACGAAUGUUCUGCAAAAACUGGUUUCGGUGUCAGAGAGGUAUUUGAAGCUGCUACAAGGGCUUCGCUCAUGGGCAAAUCCAAGGCUAACGGUAAAAAGAAGAAUUCUACAACUGACAAGAAGAAGAAGAAGAAAAUGAAGUGUGUCCUUUUAUGA